CCUCAAUGAUGCAAACCCGAGAAGAAAAGUUUGGAAAUUGAGGCAAAUGUCGAUGCCCAGCUCGAGGCACUCCUCCUUCUUCUCCUUCUACAACGUCUCUUCUUUGCCUUUCUUUCUCUUCUUCUUCACUCUUAUUCUCUCUACUCUUUUCACCACCUUCACUGUUGCAUCUCAAAACCAUGAAGUCUCCAUUCUUUUUUCAUGGCUACACUCUUCUCCUUCACAACCUUUAUCUUCUUUCUCUAACUGGAACAUUCUUGAUGCUAAUCCAUGCAACUGGACCUCCAUAACGUGUUCUCCACAAGGUUUUGUUACAGAAAUUUCUAUGCAGUCUGUCCCUCUUCAACUGCCAAUACCAACCAACCUUUCUUCCUUUCGCUCUCUCCGUAAACUAGUCAUUUCUGAUGCAAAUCUCACUGGAACUAUCCCAGUUGAUAUUGGUGAUUGUGUUGAACUUAAAGUUCUUGAUUUUAGCUCAAACAGUCUUGUUGGCUCCAUCCCUUCAAGUCUUGGCAUGCUACAGAACCUUGAAGACUUGAUUUUUAACUCUAAUCAGCUUACUGGGAAAAUCCCAGUUGAGUUAUGUGACUGUAGAAGCCUGAGGAAUCUACUGCUUUUUGAUAAUCGCUUAGGCGGGAAUAUACCACCUGAGUUAGGGAAAUUAUCAAAUCUUGAAGUGCUUAGAGCUGGAGGGAACAAAGAAUUUGUGGGGAAGAUUCCUGGUGAGCUUGGAGAUUGCAGCAAUUUGACUGUUUUGGGGUUGGCUGACACAAGAGUUUCAGGUUCUUUACCGGCUUCAUUGGGUAAACUAAGCAAGCUUCAAACAUUGUCAAUAUAUACUACAAUGAUCUCUGGUGAGAUUCCUUCUUCUGUAGGUAACUGUUCUGAGCUUGUAAAUUUGUUUCUGUAUGAAAACACUCUCUCUGGGUCAAUUCCUCCAGAGAUAGGGAAACUUCAGAAGCUUGAACAGUUGCUUCUGUGGCAAAAUAGUCUUGCUGGGUUUAUCCCAGAAGAGAUUGGCAAUUGUAGUAGCCUACAGAUGAUUGAUCUCUCUUUAAAUUUCCUAUCUGGGACUAUACCAUUGAGUUUAGGUGGCCUUUUGGAGCUUGAAGAGUUUAUGAUUAGUAAUAACAAUGUGUCUGGUUCAAUACCUUCCAAUCUAUCCAAUGCUACAAAUCUCUUACAAUUGCAACUAGAUACAAAUCAGAUUUCAGGGUUGAUCCCACCAGAGCUUGGGAUGUUGUCAAAGCUUACUGUAUUUUUUGCUUGGCAGAACCAGCUUGAAGGAAGCAUUCCUUCAAGUUUGGCUAGUUGUACCAGUCUACAAGCUCUAGACUUAUCUCACAAUUCACUCACUGGUAGCAUUCCUGCCGGGUUGUUUCAGCUUCAAAACCUCACAAAACUUCUCUUGAUUGCCAAUGACAUUUCCGGUUGUAUACCGACAGAAAUUGGCAAUUGCCGAUCUCUUGUGCGGUUGAGGCUUGGAAAUAAUCGUAUUGCUGGUGGGAUUCCUCGAGAAAUUGGGGGUCUCAAAAGCUUAAAUUUUCUUGAUCUAUCAAGCAACCGCCUUGCUGGGUCAGUGCCGGAUGAGAUUGGUGAUUGCACAGAAUUGCAGAUGAUAGACCUCAGCAACAACACUUUACAGGGUCCCCUGCCUAACUCAUUGUCAUCAUUAUCUGGGCUACAAGUCCUGGAUGUUUCAGUGAAUCGAUUUGGGGGCCAAAUACCGGCAAGCUUGGGGCGUCUUGUGUCGUUGAAUAACCUAAUCAUGUCCAAGAACUCCUUCUCUGGAGUGAUACCUUCAUCUCUUGGCCUCUGCUCAAGUCUCCAAUUGCUUGAUCUUAGCGCCAAUGGACUAACUGGUAGCAUCCCAAGGGAGCUUGGUCAAAUGGAAGCCCUUGAAAUAGCUCUCAAUCUCAGCUGCAAUGGACUCACUGGGCCAAUCCCAGCUCAGAUAUCUGCUCUGACUAAGCUUUCCAUCUUAGACCUUUCACAUAACAAGCUUGAGGGAAAUUUGGAUCCACUUGCAGAGCUAGAUAAUCUCGUAUCUCUCAAUAUCUCUUACAACAAUUUCACAGGUUAUCUCCCCGACAACAAGCUCUUUAGACAGUUAUCACCAGCAGACCUAGCAGGAAAUGAAGGCCUCUGCCCUUCAAGCCGGAACUCAUGUUUCUCGAGUGAUGUUGGCAGGACAGGACUAGCAAGGAAUGAAAAUGAUGUGAGGCGCUCACGGAAGCUUAAAGUAGCAAUUGCAUUGCUCAUUACUCUGACAGUGGCAAUGGCAAUUAUGGGGACACUUGCAUUGAUUCGAGCACGUAGGACUAUUAGAGAUGACGAUGAUUCUGAGUUGGGAGACUCUUGGCCAUGGCAAUUUACUCCUUUCCAGAAGCUGAAUUUCUCAGUAGAGCAAGUUUUGAGAUGCCUAGUAGAUGCCAAUGUGAUAGGAAAAGGAUGUUCUGGGGUUGUAUAUCGCGCUGAUAUGGAGAAUGGGGAAGUCAUUGCAGUGAAGAAACUCUGGCCAACAACAAUGGCUGCAACUAAUGGAUGUAAUAAUGAAAAGAGUGGGGUUCGGGAUUCCUUCUCUGCAGAGAUAAAAACACUUGGCUCAAUUCGCCAUAAGAAUAUUGUUAGGUUCUUGGGUUGUUGUUGGAAUCGAAACACUAGAUUGCUUAUGUAUGACUAUAUGCCUAAUGGGAGCUUGGGUAGUCUCCUUCAUGAGAGGACUGGAAACUCCCUGGAAUGGGAACUUAGGUAUCAAAUUUUGCUUGGGGCAGCUCAAGGCCUUGCUUACUUGCACCAUGAUUGUGUUCCUCCUAUUGUUCACCGGGACAUCAAAGCCAACAACAUCCUCAUUGGCCUCGAAUUUGAGCCUUACAUUGCUGAUUUUGGUCUAGCCAAGCUUGUGGAUGAUGGUGAUUUUGCUCGGUCAUCCAACACAGUAGCUGGCUCUUAUGGAUAUAUAGCUCCUGAAUAUGGUUACAUGAUGAAGAUCACAGAGAAGAGUGAUGUUUAUAGCUAUGGUGUUGUGGUACUCGAAGUCUUGACUGGGAAGCAACCGAUUGAUCCAACCAUACCGGACGGUUCCCAUGUGGUGGAUUGGGUGAGACAGAAGAGAGGAGGGAUAGAAGUACUUGACCCUAGCAUACUAUCUCGUCCGGAGUCAGAAAUUGAUGAAAUGAUGCAAGCAUUAGGCGUAGCCUUAUUAUGUGUAAGUUCAUCUCCUGAUGAGAGACCAACCAUGAAAGAUGUGGCUGCAAUGCUUAAAGAGAUAAAACAUGAAAGAGAGGAGUAUGCCAAAGUUGAUGUCCUCCUCAAGGGAUCACCAGCAACUGAUUUUCAAGAAAAUAAGAACUCGAGCAGAAUUCCAGCACCGUCUUCAUCGAAACAACAAAGCAUGCAUCUGAAAAGCAAUAACACAAGUUUCUCUGCCUCCUCACUACUUUACUCAUCUUCCUCUAGUACCAAAAUGAGUUUCAAGUGAUAAUCUAAAUUGUUAACACCUAAGCAGAGGGGGAGUUUGUUUCAUUACCAGAUUUUUCAGU